GGUUCAGCUGGGUGACAGCGCAGCUUGGCGACGGGCGGACAUCUUGAAGCUUCAAUUGGUGUUCGGAGGACGGAGUCGAUCUGGCGGGGGCCCCCUUCUCGACCGGAGACUGGACUUUCAUUUCAGCCGAGUGACCGCGGGGAGGAGCCUAUCCCAGGAUCACCAUGACGGAUUCUAAGUAUUUCACAACGACUAAGAAAGGUGAAAUCUUUGAACUCAAAGCUGAGCUCAACAGUGACAAGAAAGAAAAGAAGAAAGAAGCAGUGAAGAAAGUGAUUGCUUCAAUGACAGUUGGGAAAGAUGUCAGCGCCCUCUUUCCUGAUGUUGUUAACUGCAUGCAGACAGACAACCUGGAGCUUAAGAAGCUGGUGUAUCUUUAUCUAAUGAACUAUGCCAAGAGUCAGCCUGAUAUGGCAAUUAUGGCAGUCAACACCUUCGUGAAGGACUGCGAAGACCCCAAUCCACUUAUUAGAGCACUUGCAGUGAGAACCAUGGGCUGUAUCCGUGUAGAUAAAAUCACUGAAUACUUGUGCGAGCCCUUGCGAAAAUGUCUGAAGGAUGAAGAUCCCUAUGUACGAAAGACUGCUGCCGUUUGUGUAGCUAAACUACACGAUAUCAAUGCACAGCUCGUUGAAGAUCAGGGAUUUUUGGACACUCUCAAGGACUUGAUAUCGGAUUCCAAUCCAAUGGUGGUAGCAAAUGCAGUGGCAGCGCUGUCAGAGAUUGCAGAGUCCCAUCCAAAUAGCAACUUAUUGGACCUCAACCCUCAGACUAUCAACAAACUUUUAACAGCCUUAAAUGAAUGUACUGAAUGGGGACAGAUAUUUAUCUUGGAUUGUUUAGCCAACUAUAAUCCAAAAGAUGACAGGGAGGCUCAGAGCAUCUGCGAACGUGUGACACCACGUUUAUCUCACGCUAACUCAGCUGUUGUUCUGUCGGCUGUAAAAGUCCUAAUGAAAUUUAUGGAAAUGUUGUCAAAGGACUUGGAUUACUACGGCACUUUGCUGAAGAAACUGGCACCCCCGCUUGUAACAUUGCUGUCUGCAGAACCAGAGCUUCAAUAUGUUGCCCUCAGGAACAUUAAUCUCAUUGUACAGAAAAGACCUGAGAUCCUUAAGCAUGAGAUGAAGGUUUUCUUUGUAAAAUACAAUGAUCCAAUUUAUGUGAAACUGGAAAAACUGGACAUUAUGAUUCGCUUGGCUUCUCAGGCCAACAUUGCACAGGUUUUGGCAGAAUUGAAGGAAUAUGCAACAGAAGUAGAUGUGGACUUUGUAAGGAAGGCUGUGCGUGCAAUUGGACGUUGUGCUAUUAAAGUUGAGCAAUCAGCAGAGCGCUGUGUGAGCACACUCCUUGACCUCAUUCAAACAAAGGUAAAUUACGUUGUGCAGGAAGCCAUAGUAGUAAUCAAAGACAUCUUCCGCAAAUACCCAAACAAGUAUGAAAGUGUUAUUGCUACACUUUGUGAAAAUCUUGACUCGCUGGAUGAACCAGAAGCACGAGCUGCCAUGAUCUGGAUUGUAGGUGAAUACGCAGAAAGAAUCGACAAUGCUGAUGAACUAUUAGAGAGCUUCUUGGAAGGAUUCCAUGAUGAAAGCACACAGGUUCAGCUUCAGCUUUUGACAGCUAUUGUGAAACUGUUCUUAAAAAAACCAACUGAGACGCAGGAACUCGUGCAGCAGGUUCUCAGCUUAGCCACGCAGGAUUCUGACAAUCCUGAUCUGCGAGACCGUGGCUACAUAUACUGGCGUCUACUUUCUACAGAUCCAGUAGCUGCAAAGGAAGUUGUUUUGGCAGAGAAACCCUUGAUUUCAGAAGAAACAGACCUAAUUGAGCCAACCCUCCUUGAUGAAUUAAUUUGCCACAUUGGAACCCUGGCUUCUGUAUACCAUAAGCCACCCAGUGCAUUUGUGGAAGGUAGCAGAGGUGUUCAACACAAGAGAUUGCCGCCACGGUCCGGAUCGAAUGAAAGUACCGAGAGUCCAGACGUAACCCCAUCAACUGCUGCACAGCCCACUGAGCAACAACCAGCUGUUAUACCAUCCCAGGGAGAUCUUUUGGGUGAUCUACUGAACCUGGACCUUGGACCUCCAGUUAAUGUUCCCCCUAUCCCCUCAUCAACAGUUCAGAUGGGAGCCAUGGACCUUCUUGGUGGUGGAUUGGACAGUUUGAUGGGCGAUGAGACCGAAGGGCUUGGUGGCGAUCUAAGCGGAAGUCCUGCUAUUGGUGCGGGCUAUGGAACUCCAGCAGUCGUGCCAACAUCCUUGAAUGCACCAUUGGGAGGUGGUUUAAGUGACCUGUUUGAUCUUGCUGGUGGAAUGAACAUGCCAUCUGGUUCUUACGUUGCCCCCAAAACUGUUUGGUUGCCAGCUGCAAAAGCUAAGGGUCUUGAGAUUUCUGGUACAUUUUCACGCCGCAUGGGUCAUAUCUACAUGGAUCUCUCCCUGAUGAACAAAGCCAUGCAAGUAAUGACUGACUUUGCAAUCCAAUUUAACAGAAAUAGCUUCGGUAUGGCCCCAGCUGCUCCCCUACAAGUCAAUGCUCCCCUUGCUCCUAACCAAACAAUUGAAGCCUCUCUACCUCUGAACACUGUUGGUCCAGUUAUGAAGAUGGAUCCGCUCACCAACCUACAGGUUGCAGUAAAGAACAAUAUUGACGUCUUCUACUUCAGCUGCCUGUACCCAAUUAAUAUGUUGUUUGUAGAAGAUGGAAAAAUGGAUCGACAAAUCUUUCUGGCAACUUGGAAGGACAUUCCAAAUGAGAAUGAAGUACAAUUCCAAAUCAAAGACUGCCACCUUAAUGCAGAUGCAGUCACUAAUAAGCUUCAAAGCAAUAAUAUUUUCACUGUUGCAAAGAGGAAUGUUGAAGGACAAGAUAUGUUAUAUCAAUCCCUUAAAUUGACAAAUGGAAUCUGGGUUUUAGCAGAGCUUAGAAUCCAACCAGGCAAUCCCAAUUAUACGUUAUCGCUGAAAUGCAGAGCCCCAGAGGUAUCCCAGCAUGUUUUCCAGGCAUAUGAAAUAAUUUUGAAGAAUUGAGCAAUUUAAGGUCACCUCGGGCAGAAAGUUGCUGCAGUUGUGUUUAUUCGGGAGCCUAGAUGCACUGAUAAUGGACAGAAAUUAUAUAUGUGACACCCUGGUGCCACUGAAGAAGUUGCAUUAUUGUGAAGGGUAUUUAUUUUAUACUCAAAAUCUUGAGUAUAUUGACCCAUUAACACUAAAAUCUAUUGUAUAAUCCUACUAUAUCUAAAUUCAUUAUUCCAUUGAUGAUCUCUAAAUACAAGAUUCAGAUAUUUACUAUAUUGAUUUCUCUCAAAAUCUAUGAAUGUAAUGUAAUAUCAUGACAUGGUGAAUUGCCUAGUGUGUGAAGAGGCUGUGCUCAAUACACUGCCAUUCCAGCUGUAGGGUAAUUGUCCUUGUUCAAAUUUGUAUCCUCUUCAUACUGUGUGAUGUGACUUUAAAAUUUUGUGCGAUGACGUUUUGUGUAUUUGUACACUAGUAAUAUGGUUCAUGCUGAUAACGUGCUGUUUGGGUUCCACCGUUGCAGCUAAUGUCAAAGUGUUGAUCAGUAGUCAUAUCAGAAAUAAACUGGACUUGUGGGGUAAAGGUACCCAGGAGGCUGACUUGAAUGUAUACGAAAAUGUCAUUUUUAUUUCUCUGUUGUCUGUCUUCAUGAUGAUGCAUUAAUUUUUGAAAGGUUUAUUGUUUCAUUCUGUGACCCUUUAUAUUAGAUUAAAUUGUUCCCUUUUAUUUUUUAACUGACUUGUUCAGCAGUUCAAAUUCCAAUUACAGAGUUGAGAAAUUUCCCAGAAUUUAAAAUGGACUGAAGGAAAUAAUUUCACUUUAUAUCAAUAUAUUUGCCUCUAGGUUAUGUCAGCAAUAAGAUAUUGAGAAAUGUUUUGGGAUCCUACAGCUGCAAUGUUUCAUUAUUCUCUGAUAAAUACAUACCUCCUCAGCUGCUGCUCCAUUACUAUGCAGACCAGGAUUACAUCCAAUUUUGGUGCAUAGUCCUUGUGAACAUGUGGACAGGUCACACUAAUAACAUUUUUUAAUGCAAGUCUUAUUCAGAAUUUUCCUUUUCAAACUGCAAAGAACACCACUUCAAAAGCAGCUAAAUUAACAUUAGGUAAUCUAAGGCUGUGCUGAUCCUAAUUUUUUUGGCAUAAAUCUACAUUUUUAUAAUCUGAAAUUGACCCUUUAUAAACAGAGCUACACAUGAGCGACAAGACCCUCUCAGCAGGCACAAUCGCAUUAAGGAAACUAUGCAUAAUGGUGUUUUGGCAUAUACUAAGGUAAAUCAAUUGCACACACGUCCUUGGCCAGUUGAGAUGGGAAACGUCCAUAAACCAAUAGCUAUGCUGAAACACUGCCAAUCCGGUACCAGUUUGACAGUGUUUGGGUUUUGCAGUGUAGGUAUACAUUGUUCGCCAAAGGGUGCACUCACCUAUCAUGGGUCAUCUUCCAGUUGAAUCCUGUAGCAGAAAAUUGAAAGAAUAGAGAUGAAAUAAGCACCUCAAUCAGCUUUAAUUUUUUUCAUUAGUACCUUAAGAUGCACUGUGUACAAAUUAUUUGUAAUAUUUGCGUGCUACAAUGGAAAUGUAGCACUACCAUGGAUGGAUCCAAUAAGCCAAGUAGCUUCCAUCACCUGACAUUAUCUUGUGAACUUAAGGACAUAAUUUGGUGUCAAAGGUGGGGAACACAAAGAUUGGCAACUGCUGAGUCAAACAUAAAUAUGGUUGAUAUUUCCUUUAAGACUGGAGUGUGAAAGGAUAUCUUCAAGUUGAUAUUUAAAUUUUUGAUCGCUAAAUUUUUUGAUUUAAUUUCAGGAAUUCGGUUUAGUCAAUUUUUCUAAUUGUUACUUAGAUUUUUCAAAAUAACAUUUAAUUUUUGAUAUUUUUAAACAACAGAAUUGCCUAAACAAUUGAUUAUAAGCCUGGAAAAUUAAAAAUUUUGUCAAGACUUGAAA